AUGAUUACUGCUGUUGUUGUUGUUGUCAGCCACUUCGGGAAACCGGAAGGGGCCUCCACCGCGUGCCCGCGCCUCCGCGAUCCCGAAGCCGCGGGGGUUCGGGAUGGAGGCGGAGCCCGUCGGGGGCCGUCGGGGGUCGGGGCGCGGGGCGGGCGGGCGGGCGGGCGCGGGGCUCCGGCCUCGGCCCCGGCCGCCGUGACCUUGGCCGCCCCGUCCCGCCCCGCGCGGCCGGGCCGGGCCCCGCUGGACCUGGCCCCGCGGCGGGCCGGAGGCCUGGUAAACACCGGAGGGAUGGGCCGCGCUCCUUCCGGGCGGGGGCGAGACACUGCCUCCACCCCGGGGCCGGGCGCGCCGCCAGGGCCUCGGCCCGGCCGGACCGCGGGGCCGCCCCGCUCGGCCCCGCCCCGCUCGGCCCCGCCCCUCGCCCCGGCCCCGCCCCGCUCGGCCUCGCCUGGCCCCGCCCCUCGGCCCGGCCCCGCCCACCAGCCCGUGACUGAAGGGCGGAGGGGCGUGUCUGGCGGCGUGACGUCACCGCGCCGGCCGCCGCCGGGAUUUUCGCUGACGCGCAGGCCCCGCCCCGGCCCCGCCCCCUCCGCCCUGGGCACGGGAGCGGGAGGGCGGGCCCGCGUCAGUCGGCCGGAUCCGCGGAGAGGGGUGCACCUCGCGAGGGGUUCGCUCGCUGCCGGGAGCCGCGCUGCUUUCCCCCCGCCCCCGCCCCGGUGGUGGCCGGAGCCCACGGACGACGCCUUCGGCCGGCUUCCUCGACGCCCGGGCCCCGCGGCGCCGCGCCCGCUCUCCGGCCCGCUUCCUCGGCCCGUCCCGCCGCCGGCGGAGACGCCAAGCGACGGCCGGCGAACGCCUGCGAGAGCGUUAGCCGCCGCGGCCCCGGGUCCGGCCUCCUCCGCCGCCGCCUCCUGGGCUCCCCGCCCUCCUCCCCGCCCCGCGUCCCUCCGCCCCUUCCCCAGCCCCGGCGUGUCCCGGCCGCGCUCGGCGCCGCUGCUGGAACAAAGGAGGACCCCGCGGCGGCGGCGGCGGCGGCGGCGGCAGCAGCUCCGUGCGGCCUGCAGCGGCCGCGGCCCCGGGGCGCCCGGCUCCUGCCUUCCUGGAGGCCUCAGGCCCGGCCCCACCGCCCCGACGUCCGGCGCGCGCGCCAGCUCGGCGUCUGCAUCCGGGCAUUUCGCGCAGGGUGAGUGGUGCGGGGCUGGGGCCGGGCGUGAGGGCCUCGGGCCUCCCCGCACGGGGCCGCGAAUGGCGGCGUCGGAGGAGAAGGGAGGGAGGGAGGGAGCCCGGCCUCCGUCUUUGUGUCCGGAGGCGUCCUCCCGCUCGCGGGCCGCGGCCCCCCCCCCCCCCGCCCCGGGCCCGCACGGCCGGGGAACAAUGCCCGGCGCGCAGCCUCGGCGGGGCCGGGCUCCGGGGGCUCGCGUCCGUCUCCCCCCGCCCCGAGACGAUGGCGCUCGGCGUGGGCAGCCGGGCUCGGAGAAAACAAAGGCGGCGGCGGAGGUGGCGGCUGCGCCCCCCCCCGCUCCCCCCCGCCCCGCUCCGCUCCCCCGCGGGGCCGCGCUCGCCGCCCCGGCCUCCCCGGCCCGGCCGGAGCCGCCGGCGGCCGUGACUCAGUGGUUUUGGGGGAAGGCCCCGUCGGGCUUCCCGGCGUGA